AUGAGGAAAGACUCUGUUAUAGCAAAUAUUGCAGAUGACCUUGGAUUAGAUACUAAGCAGCUCUUAUCUAGAAAACUGAGGAUUGUUUCGAGAGCUUCAGAGAAAUAUUUCUAUAUAAAUUUAGAUAACGGAAAUUUAUAUAUAAUUGAUAGAAUAGACAGAGAGACAUUGUGUGGAGCAGAUGAUUAUUGUUUCCUGACAUUUGAUGCUGUGGUUGAAAACCCUUUUAAUAUUUUUAAAGUUAAAAUAGAAAUCAAAGACAUUAAUGAUAAUUCUCCAAGGUUUUUUCAUGACAUAUUUACUUUAGAAAUAAUGGAAUUUACUCAACCUGGAACAAGAUUUGCUUUACAGCAUGCAGAAGAUCCAGAUAUAGGUCUUAAUUCUAUACAAUCCUACAACCUCAGUGGCAACCAAUAUUUUACACUGAAUGAGAAAAUCAGCAAUGAUGGGAGUAAAUCUCCAGAGGUUGUAUUGGAGAAAACAUUAGAUAGAGAGACACAGAAUAUCCAUAACCUUAUUCUUAUAGCAAUGGAUGGUGGAAAUCCUUUAAGAUCUGGAACAACAUUGAUACAAAUUAUUGUUACUGAUGCCAAUGAUAAUUUUCCAGCAUUUUCCCAGGAAGUAUAUAAGGUUAGUGUAUUAGAAAAUAUCAUAGUGAACACCACAGUAAUCAUUGUAAAUGCAACUGAUAGAGAUGAGGGAGUUAAUGGUCUUAUCAUAUAUUCUUUUAGCAAAACCUCAAAGAAUAUAAACCAUAACAUUUUCAGCAUAUCUCCUGAUAGUGGAGAAAUUAAAAUAGAAAAACAUAUAGAUUUUGAGUUAACAAAGAGUUAUGAACUCAGCGUGCAAGCUAAAGACGGAGGAGGCCUUGUGGCCCAUUGCAAAGUAUUGAUAGAGGUAAUAGAUGAGAAUGACAAUGCUCCUGAGAUAUCCCUCAACUCAUUAUCCACUCCAAUUCCUGAGGACACUGCUGUGGGUACAAUGAUAGCUCUGAUUGAAGUUCAUGAUAAAGACUCAGGAAAGAAUGGAGAAGUGGACUGUAAACUUUCAGAAGAUAUAUCAUUUAAUUUAGUAUUAUCAUCUGACAAUUACUACAGAGUUGUUAUCACAAGGCCCAUGGACAGAGAAAAAGUUUUUAAUUAUAACAUUACUGUUUUAGCCAUGGAUAGAGGAUCUCCUCCACUUUUUAGCAAAAGAACCAUCACACUGGAGAUAUCAGAUAUCAAUGACAACCCACCAACAUUUUCCAAAUCCAAUUAUGUUGCUUUUGUCCCAGAGAACAACUUACCAGGGUCCUCAAUAUACAAUUUACAAGCUUCAGAUCCUGAUACAGGAGAAAAUGCAAAAAUAUUUUAUUCAAUCGCCACAUCUAAUACUGAGGAUCUUCCAGGAACCUCCUAUCUCUCCAUUAAUAUAGAGACUGGAGUCAUCUAUGCUCAGAGAUCUUUUGAUUAUGAGCAGCAUAAAGAGUUUCAUAUACAAAUAAAUGCUAGAGACAAUGGAUCUCCAUCUUUAAGCAGCAAUGUUACACUAGUUAUCCACAUUGUAGAUCGGAAUGAUAAUGCACCAAAAAUCUUAUAUCCAUCCCCAGACAUUGAAGGUAUGAGUGCAUUUGAAAUGGUCCCAUUUGAUUCUGAACCUGGUUCCUUAAUAACUAAAGUAGUUGCCAUAGAUGUAGAUUCCGGACACAAUGCUUGGCUCUCUUAUCAUUUUUUACAGUCGCCUGAAUCUUCAUAUUUUGUCAUUACUCAACAUACUGGGGAAAUUAGGACAUCCCGUAUCUUUCAAGAGAAGGAUAUAUUGAGUCAUAAGAUAGUGGUGAUGGUGAAGGACAAUGGUGACCCCUCUCUCUCAUCUACAGUGACCUUAAAUCUUCUGAUUGCAAACAACUUUCAACAGGUGGUUCCCAGGUUCAAUGAAGUGUUAGAAGAAAAUUCACAUUCUAAUUUACAGUUUUAUUUAAUCAUCACCCUUGGACUGAUUUCACUACUUUUUAUUUUCACUGUGAUGUUGGCCAUUAUCUCAAAGUGCAGGAAAUCAGAACCAGUCCCGAUAUUCAAUAACCUCAGUUCAAGUUUAUAUCCUCAAAUUGAUCCCAGAAUUAUUUCUCAGUAUGGAAGUGGAACAUUGCCAUUUCCUUACUCAUAUAAUGUCUGUGUGGGGUUUGACGCCAUUGAAAAUGACUUUACUUAUUUUAAACCAAAUCAAGAGGUCCCUGUGGAUAAUCUCAUUGAUGCUGAUGACUCUGGACUUGGCAUUGAAGGUGCAAAAGAAGUGUUGCAAGCAACCAAUUGUAUGCAGGUGAGUUUAUCUAAAAUAUAA